AUGAAACAGAAACCUUCUUCACCAAAGAUCCACCUCUCCUCAGAUGGCAGCAAGUUCGUGGAGUUCGGCAUCGUCCGACAGGGACGAUGCGGUGCGCCCGAGGUGCACCUGCGGUGCCGCAUCACGGCCACGUCGCGACUCUCGCCUCGCGACAGCAAGACGGUGUCCAAGGUCCCCAGCAAGGUCGACGAUGGCGAACGCUGCUGUCACGACGUCGCGUUCGAGGAGCCGGCUAUUGUGGCAGGACCCGUGGCCGGACCCACCGACCUCAAGUGCCGCCCGCCGAAGAGUCGAGGGUUGAAGACCUGCUUCCCGAGGAGGACGAAGGAGUCCUGUCCGACCUUCCCGACCAGGUGCCCGUGGAAGAGAAAGUGCUCGAGUGGGCGGAAGGCGUGCUUCGGAGCGGCCUUCCGGACAUCCAGGUGUCCCCUCCGGACAGCGACGGAGGCUCAGACGCGGACGACGAGUGCGACUGAUGACGAGGAAGAAGAUGGCAGUUCCGGUUUCUUCAGCGACGAGCUGAGCGAGACGGACGUCGACUCAGUCCUCUCUACCAGCGACAAACAGAUUCAGUGCAGCUUGGGUCGCUACACGCUGAGCCAAGCACAGCGCCGGGAACGAACCAGGCUGACGCUCGUUUCGCACUCGGAACUUCCGGAGUGGCUGAAGAACAACGAGUACCUCGUGAGGUACCACAGGCCUCCGCUGUACAGCUGGCGUGCGUGUGCGCGCUCCAUCUUCAGCCUGCAUACCGAAAGCGGAAACAUCUGGACGCACCUUCUCGGUGCCUUGGGUUUCCUAGCGCUGGGCGUUCACUUUUUCCGGUCUGAUGUUCUCGCCCUGGACUGGGCGGGUUGUCUCGCUUUCGGCAUCUACUUCGCCGGGGCUGCCUUGUGCCUCACUCUUUCGACGACGUACCACACGUUCAACUGCCACUCCGCGAAAGUGGGAAAGUUCUUCUGCAAGAUGGACUAUUUCGGCAUCACGGUGCUCAUUCUGGGCUCCUUCUAUCCGUGGCUCUACUUCCAGUUCCUCUGUGAGCCCCUCAAGCGGCUAGUCUACGGUCUCCUAGUGACUGCUUCCGGUCUGUUGACCAUGCGCGUAUCUUUGUCGCACAAGUUUGGCGAAGCGCGAUAUCGCGCCCUUCGGGCUGGAAUCUUCUUCAGCUUCGCCCUAGUGUGCGGCGUCCUCCCGUCUGCGCACUACGGGAUCCAGCACGGCUGGAACGACCUCAUGUACAAGAGUUCCUUCGUGUACAUCCUGCUCAUGGUGGCCAUCUACGUGAGCGGUUGUUGCGUCUACGCGAGCCGCGUUCCUGAGCGAUUCUUUCCCUGGACGCUGCGACCUGGCCUUCCAGAGUCACCAGAUCUUCCACGUGCUCGUGCUUAUGGGUGCCCUGGCGCACUACUAUGGACUUUCGAGGCUGGCCACUCUCAGGAUGUCUCAGGGUUCCUGCCCAGUGGGACAGACCGACUCUCUGCUGCACAGCUUGGCGCUUGUAUGAAGCAAGGCCAAUACAACAGGAGAAGAAACGAGUCUGACCUAGAUUUUUCAGACUUGGACCGUCAGGCUUUCCUUCCGGACUAGCUGGCGGGCCGACGUCGUCUCUGAUGUAGCGUCACAGAUCGCACGUCGCUUGCGACGGCGUGCGCGGCAUCGAAGAGUCGAGUUUUCUUCGCAGCAGCGGCUCGAAGCCGCAGCUUGUGCCCAAGGUGCGGGGCGUCGUCCUUCCACCACUCCUCGGUCACGGGUCACGACGACUGCAAGACUGAGGAGGCGACCGAGGAGGAAUCCAGCCGCAGAGCCAUGGCGUUGCUCACGUUCGUCCCCGAAUUCUCGCGAGACUGAGAAUCAAGAACGUCCUUCCCCGUAUUGGUCAACGCAAGAGUGUAACGCCGUGGUGACACCGCCACGCCCAGAGCCGGGCAAUGAAAUAUCACGUGAUAGCUUUGAAAGGAUGGGCGCGAAGAGGUAGCGUUCCUAAACAUCCUUCGCUGUCGCAACCUUCGGGUCUCCAAGCACAAGUAGCUGCAACAUCGCUGACGACAUCGCGAGCUGCGACGCUUGUAAACGAAAUAUCGAAAUAGAUGGAAGAUACGUUGUACAUAAACAAACUUAUGCGUAGUUCGAAACGAUGUCCACGCCCAUGGAAUUUCGUCCGCGUAGACCGACAAGUCAGAAGAUGCGCUUAUAUUCUUCACUUGGCGACGCCGCUGUACAAGAGAUCCUCUUUGUACCCACUGCCAGCGGACACACCCGUGAAGCUGCAUCAUCUAGUUCCCUCCUUCCAGCCAUAUAUACAAGCUCAGCGGCGUGUGGCCGAGUGUUCCAGUCAUUAUAUGCCUCUUGCCGGAUUUACGUCGCUUUUUUAAUUAACCGAGACGCGAUGUACAUAUGUGAGCAUAUAUUCACGGCAUUUUUUAUGGCCGUGUCAUCCAUUCUAGAGCACAAAUUAAUAAAUUAACGAAAUGUAUAUAUAUUUUUUGCUCGUACUCGGCGUAUAUAUAUGUAGAAGUUGUAGGUACACCGUACUCUUUUACUCGCUGCGCCGGUUGGCGCCUAAUAAAAGAUAUUUUCCUCG